AUGAAAGCACUUUUCAUCGGUGUAGUUUGUAUUUUAAGUGUCCUUAUAUCACAAGGAUACAGCAGACCAAAUAAAAAGAGACCUGAAAUCCAUCCAAAAGGCGAACCAAUUUAUCUUGACCAGCUGACUGAAUAUUUGAGAUAUAACAAUUUUCCCUUAGCUAAAGAAGUUCCUGGGGUUACCACUUUUGAUAAACAUGAGGAAACUAAUAAGAACAGCAAACCUGUUGAACACAAUGCAAAACAAAACAAUGGUCCAUGCAAGCAGGGAAAAGGAGGUGAUAAAUGUGAAAUGAGAAACAAACCUGUUGAACACAAUGCAAAACACACAAAUGAAAUGCAAAAUGAAGGUGCUCUAAAUUCGAUGUAAGUCAUUUUCCUUAUAAACAAUGAUGUUUAUUAUUGUGAAUAAUAAUUUAGAAGAUUUAUCUAGAAUUUUAUGAUUUGCUAAAUAAUUUCCGCCAGUUACGAAUUUCAUUUAUUUGAAAUUUAUUAUUUGAUCUAAUAGAAGUCAUACUAACAUUGUAUGAAUGUAUGAAAUCUGUCUUUAAAGUCCAUAUCUGCUGUCAUUUGGUUACGUUCAUGGAGGUUGAACGAUUGGAUUGGAAAGCGCAUUUGUCAUCACUUUCCUUUAUUACAAUACAUAAAAACUAUAUUGAUGCUUCCAAUCUCCAUUAUUGGGAGAGAUUUAACAGAGGUUACCUCCUUCACUUAUCCUGCUAGGAAGGAUCGUUUGAACUACAGGCACACGGCAUGGACGAAGAUGUCAACGCCAGCCAGAAUUGGAAAGGCAAGAUACGCCUUCAUCAACCAGAAACCAUUCUGGAAAUCUCCUGCACUCAGCAUUAGGAACAAAAUUUGGAUUUUGAACACCUGUGUCAAGUCAGUCGAUCCUUCUAUACGGGUCAGAAACUUGUACUGAGUGUCCCAAAAAACAUUUCCAACAGAUCAUUUCAGAUUUUAUCAAUAGAGCUGCCUUUGCUGGCUCCAUGAUGAGUAUCAAAAGGCCAGAAAGAAUUAGUGACAAGAAACUGUGGCUGGGUACAAACCAACCAAGAGCCAGUCGCUCAACAAAUACAUAGAAGAAAAUGGAGAUGGAUCGGGCGUACAUUAAAGAGACCGCCGAAUGACAUCACGACUAAUUCGGGCCAUCGCUCGAGUGGAAUCCCAAUGGGAAACGACGAGUGAGUCGUUCUGGAAUUGCAUGGAUGAGAUGGUGCGAGAAGAAGAUGAGGGAUUUAGGGCCAUCAUGGUCCAAACUGAAGAGGAAGGCAGAAACCAAAUAGAGUGGAGAUGUGUUUUUGAAGCCCUAUGUUCCACUCGGAACGCAAGGGAUUAAUAAUAAUAAAUAAUAUUGGUGCUCAGCAACAACACCUAAAUAUUUUAGUAUGCUAGAAUAGCUCCUUAAAACUUUCCCUGUUCACUAAUACACAUUAUAAAGAUAUGCGAUUAUAUGUGUUGGUAAAUCAAACCUAAGCAUACAAAAUCACUUGGAAAAUACCCCCCUUAGAAAGUCUUGGAGGAAAACGAUAUUCUUUUUGCAGUAAACGAAAUUUUAGAACUUUUAUUAUGAAAUCGAUCAACCGAUAGACCCUCAGAUGAUGUUAAGUCAUUUUAGUAGUAGAUGUAAAAUAUUAUUUGUGAUGUUUAAUUCAAAUUAUUUCCAAACGGAGUCAAUCAGUAUUGGUAAUACAUGAUGAAAAAUUCAAAAGCACCGUAAUUAUUAUGUUGUCAAACGGAAUAAACGAAAAGUGCAAUUCCAUUAGGGAGAAUACUGAUUGUGAUAAAGUUUCACAGUUUUCUGCUACGGAAAAAAAAAUUACUGAUGACUUUUUGAGUACAAGUUAUUGCUCAUAAUCAAAUCAAGGUACUCAUACAACUUCCUGACUUAAUUUAUAUACAUGAGUGAAAAACUCAUUAGAUAUAUGAAUCAGUAUAAUUAUUAUUAUUGUUCCCUUGGGUUCCUAGUGGAACAUUCAGCUACACGUCUUCACUUGCUUCUGUCUUCCUUCUGCUAUACUUUUCACCUGCAUCCAUGUUGGUCCGAACUGUUUCAACUCCUCUUCACACGAUCUCCUCUAUGUCACCCACCCUUGCACUGACGUCCCACUCACCGCUUCCCUUUCAGCCUGGUUCCACUCGACCAAUGGCCUGACGCGAGCGAGUUGUCACCCAGCGGCUCGGCCUCCUCAGCGAAUGCCCAAUCCAUCUCCACUUUCUCCUGAAUAUUUGUUGGUUUGGCGAUUAGUUCUUGUUUUGUUUGUUUGUUCCCAUAGUUUCUUGCUGGUGAUUCUUUCCUGCCUGGCCAUCUGAUCUUCAGUAUAGAGCGAAGACAGUUGUUGGUUGAUAAAUGUCUGCAAUAGCCUGUUGGAAAUAUUCUUUGUGACCCGCCCGCCCGCCGGCCAAGUUUCUGUUCUGAUCCGUAUAGAAGAACUGACUGACUUGACGUUUGUAUUGAAAAUCCGACCAAAUUUUGUUGUUGAUGCUUGAAACAAAAGGAUGAUAAAGUACAUAUGAAAAUACUAUUAGUGUAGCCAAUAUGAUAUAAUACAAUGAGAAAUUAGACGAGUAUUAUUAGUCAGUCAGAUGGGGGAUAAGAUAUUUUAUCAGUAAAAUAAAAUAAAACUUUUUAAAGUGUGAUACAGUGAACUGCAAUAUAACAAAUUUUAACACUGUUUCUUAUUCUUUGAUUUUGUUAGUAGUAAUUUCUUCUAUAUCUCUGUUAUUUAUGCUAAGUCACUUCCAUUGCAUGUGUUGGGUGUAGACUCGAUGAACCAGGCAGGAUUCUAUAAUCAAUCUCUCUCUCUCCAACUACCUUUAUUAUUUUUUAGAAUUUUAACCCUCACCUACCCUACUGUAUGGUUGUGUGUAAAGGUAUGCAGUACGAUUGAUGAGUUUUCUUUUAAAUUAACUAUCUUCCUGGUAUCUAUCAUUCUAAGCUUAGCUAAAUUCAUAUGUUCUGACAAUCCCACUACUCCUGAUCUACUAGUUUCACCUAUGAGGUUUACCUAGCUCACAGUCAUUGCAAGGUGUUUUGUAAAUUAUAUUACUUCGUCUAACUGGGUCCUCUGACAUGGUCCUUUAACCUACAGAGUUCAUCCCUGAGUGAGUUUGUAGGUUUGAACGCCACCCUAAUUCCUGCUUUAUUAAGAAUCCUAUGUAGGGUCUGUGAUGUACCCUUCUACCAUUUGAUUAUUGCCGUUCUGUAUUGAAGUUUCAGCUGUCUUUAAAAUAAUUGUCAAUAAUUUGUAAAUUAUUAUAAGCUGAUAAAAUCUACCAUGGUUUUAUCACGGUUUGUAAAAGAAUCAACUGUGAAUAAGUUAAAGGAUACUAGUGAAGGGAUCAAGCCAGAUGAUCACAAAUUUAUUUAUUUUUCACUGAAAGCGGCCUGUUCAAGCCCCUGGGCUAACUAAAUUUUAUAUCCACAUAAAUGCAUCGUGUUUACUGCAUUCCAGACUGUUGUAAACUGUACAAUUAUGCCUAAGAAUCGCAAUCCAUACUGAGGCAUAUUUUCAAAUAGGCGUCAAUCUAUUGCAACGGAGAUUCCGAAAGAAAUUGAGGAGGAACAUUGUGGAUAAUUGGAGCAUGCCUCAGAUAAAACAAUAUGGCUUCAGUGUGUGUGUUAUAUUACUUGAUGGUUGUGGAGAAGUAGUAAAUGCCUUGCAAGAAGAAAGUUUAUUAAAAUUCUGCAUAAACGCAUUUUUCAGAAUCGAUUAAAUGUUAGUACUAAGAUUAAAAAUGAAUUCCGGUUAGACAUUUUAAGAAGAUCAUCUUACUUUUAAAUGUGCUAAUCAUUCACCUGAUAGUAGAUGGGAUCUGUAAUGUGUACACAGGCUUGGAUUAAUUUAUGUUCGUUUUGAAUGUAAACCUUGUAACUACUCACUACUAAAUAUGCUAGACAAAUGAGUACACGACAAAAAUUGUUACGUCAUAUAUUUUUCGAUUAUGACAUUUAUCAUUAUUAUAAUUCCCUUAAGUUUUCAGUGAGACAUAGGGAUUCAGCAGCACAUUUCAGCUUCACUCUUCUCUCUUCAGCUCUCUUCGGCUGGCUGCACGACUGCCCAUAAUCUGUCAUCUCUUCUUCAAACAAUCUCCUCAGUGUUACCCUCAGACAUACGCCCCACUCUUCGUUUCCCAUUCAGGUCCCACCUUAGUGAUGGCCUCUCACGUGAUGCCACUCACCAGUCUAUCUGCACUUUCACCUACAUGUUUGUUAAGCAAAAGUUCAUGGUUGGUUCGUUUCUGGAGUUCCGUGAUGCUAAUCUUUUCUGGCGAGGCGAUCUUCUCGACUCAGAGAAGUCAGUUGUUAAUAAAAGUCUGAAGCCUAUUUGAAAUACUUUUCGUGACAUAUGCGCCUAGUCUUUGUACCAUUUAGAAGUAUCAACUUGAUACUGGUGUUCAAGAUCCUGAUCUUGUUUCUUUUGCUGAAUGAAGAAGAAAUUCACACAGAUUCCAGAUUGAUGAGGGUUUGGCUUGAUUUUCCGAUUUUGUCCGGCUUUGUAGUAUUCAUCCCUGCCUCCGGCCGUAGUUCAAACGAUGCUACCUUGAUAAGGCAAUGAGGUGAUUUCAGAUUUCUCCCGGUGAUAGUGACCGGUACUUGUUGCUGUUGUUGGUUAGGCGCCUUCAUCACCACUGUCUCAUUUAUGUCCACUCGAAAUCCUGUCUUCGCUACCUGUUAACUGUGAAAGUAGUGAAAUUUUCCUCGCCUAAUCUUGGUCUUUCUAAAGAAUGCUCACAUUAAUAAGUCUUCUGAUCUGUAACUCUUCUUGAGGCCAGUCCAAUAACUAUUAAUAAUGCCACAUAAAUUUUCUUUCGAUAUUUGUGAUAUAAGUAAUACGUUUAUACUACUCGUAAAAUAUACGUUUACUGAACAUUGUAGAACUCCUAAUGACAUUUACUUUGAAAUAAAAAUAACGCUUGGUGAAAAGACAUAGUAAUCCUGUAGCAAAUUAUGGACUUUUACACAAUACAAAAUAAGAACACCUGUUUGUUCUUUAAUAACUUCAGUUUGAGAAUAUCCAGCACAGAAUGUGUAGGAUAGACAAUAAAGAUUUCAGCUUACACAUAAUCUUUUUUUCACAAGUUCACAGAUGUCACAUCUUAUCCCUUAAAUGCUUAAUUCACACAGUGUACUUCAUUCGCAAAUACUUUGAUCCGUUCUGUAAAGAACUUAGUUUUGUGUGCUACUUGAAUACACUUCAACAGACUUCAAGCAUUUUCCUUCAAAGAUGAAUUCACAUUUCACUAGCUUGACUUCCUACUUCUUUGAUGUAUGACAACAACAAUCAGCGUUAAUGUAAUCAUCAACAGUUUCAUUGUUUCUUCUUGUCAAAUCACACUGAUUAACUUGAUGUAAAGUGACAUAUCUGUGAUCAAACUUAUAGUCUAAAAAAUUGUUUCGGUAACAUAUAAAAGAUUUACAACUUCAGUAUUAUGAUCAAUAAUUUGAGUACUUAAUUCUACAUUAAUUAAUUGAAUAUUGUAAAUUAUAGUCCCUGCCUUAUUUAGCGGGAAACCUAUGCUAUUUAAUUUCAUAUUAAAGUUUUGUGGUCGAUAAACCACUGUAAGUUGAACUUGAUUUUGUUGAUAACAUAUUAAAUUUUUAUUGUUAUUUAAGACGAAUUUAGUGAGUAUAGAGUCGAUUCUGUACAAGUUGAUUCAUCCCAAAAACAAUGUUGAGAAUGCAAUGGCAUUUCUGAAAACUAUAUUUGUCGAAAAUCUCAAUGAAACUGAAAUGAGUAAUUCCAACUUUUCUUUGGGUGAACUGGUCCAAACGUCUUCAGAACAUUUAUUGUCUUUUAAAACUUCCACCAAUCAUAUGAGUCAUGAAACAGGCUUCAAAAUAUAAGAAACAAAAUUGCAUGAACUGUGGUCGAAAUUUGAUCUCAUACUUACAAAUAUUACAAAUAUGCGUCGGUGGCACAGUGGUUAGG